CUCUCUUUUCGCUUCUUACAGUGAGGUUAUCGUCUUCCUCUACUCCAAUCAUCGCCAAAUCCUUCAACUUGCAGGUUUUCACGAUUCAAAACGAAGAUUAACAAAGGAUUAAAAACAAAAUUUGCGAGAGAAUCAUGGCAGACCUUACCGGCGGAGCCGCAUCGUCGCCGACACAGCGCCGGCCAAGAGUGAGAGAAGUGAGCUCACGGUUCAUGUCUCCUCUAGUCCAAUCCAAUUCGACUCCUCACCCUUCCGAUUUUCCCCGCGCCAAAUCCGCACACCGCCGCAAUCCGUCCAAAAACGAUGAGAAUUUCAACCCGGAGCCAAACCGCGGCGGAUUGGACAAAUUUCCUGCGCCUAUCUCAACCAUACAGAGAAAACAGCACCAGCAACGGUUGAAUUCGAAAGAUCACCAUCUCCGAGAGGUUAGGGUUUCGUCGAGACCAGACACGCCUAUCGCAAUAGAGAGAGAAAGAAUUGUUCCGUCCCGAUUCAGGCAAAGCGUCAGCCGUUCGAAUUCGCUGAGCAGUAGCAGUGACGGAUGCUCCGCCGUCACUGCGGCGGCGAGGCUGCUGCAGGAGGCGACGUCCGAUGCAGAGAAGCGGUUUUCCAGGAUUUCCACAUCCAGCUUCGAUGAUUCGGCUUCCUGCACCACCGCCACCGCUUCGAAUCAGGGGAGCUCCUCGUGCCCUAAUUCGCCCCACUGUGCGCCGGUGACCAAGAUGCGGAGCGCAACAACAGAUGUGCGCUCUUCUGUGCCGGAUAUGGAUCGGAAUUUGGAGAAUUCCGGCAAGGAUUGUGCGCGAUCACUGAAUUUCUCGUCUCUCUCGAAGAUCGGAGGAGGAGGCGUUUCACGGCCUCCGCAUCCUUCGUCGUUGAAUUCGAGGAAAGGAAGGAAGGUGUCUAAUCAUCUGGAUGAAGUGCAUUCCUUCAAAAUGAUGAUUAACCACUUUCUGCAGUAUCGAUUUGCGAAUGCAAAGGCAGAGGUUUCCCUUCAAGCCCAGAAGCAGGAAACAGAGAGGAAUUUCUGUUCACUUGGUGCCAUGAUAUUGGAUAAGCGCGAUGAAGUGAAAAAGAAACGCAUUGAAUUUGCAGUCCUGCGAAGAUUGAAGACUUUGAAUACAGUAGUUGAAGCUCAAAUGCCAUAUCUGGAGGACUGGUCUAGUAUGGAAGUGGAUUACUCAAAUUGUCUCUCAGGUGCAGCAAACGCGUUACUGAGCUCCUCAGUUAGACUUCCAGUUAGUGGCGAUGUGCGGGCUGAUGUCCGGGAGAUAGAGGAAGCUCUAAGCUCAGCCUCGAAGGUGGUUGAGUCCAUAAAUUCUCAAAUUCAGAGAUUUGCCCACAUGGCUGAAGGAAUUGAAAAUUUGGUGUCUGAAGUAUCUCGGAUGGCAAAUGGAGAGAAAGCUCUAACUGAGGAGUGUGGAUAUCUGCUCUCCAAAACUUACUCUUCUCAGGUGAUCGAUUGCAGUCUAAGGGGAGCUCUAAUGCAGUUUAACGACAGCAACAAUCAUCCACCCCAUAAGAGUGAAGAAUGAGCUUCUUCUUCAUAUGAGUUCAGAUCAUCACUCAAAUGUGUAGGAGUAUUAUUUUCUCUGAAAAAAGUGUAAUUCUUUUUUAUAUUCUUUGUAAAUGUACUCAAAUCUUCAUAGGAUGUCGAAGGAUUGAAUUUUGCACACUUUGCAAAAAUCAUCAUCAACUCUUUGUAAAUGUAUUCUUUUGGUUGAGAAAACUAAGAAUCUAGUGUUUUCGCCAUACCAUAAACGAUGUUAAGUCAAUUUUUUGAUGUGUAAAUUUGCUUUCCCGUGGUA